GGUGCGGGAGUAGAAUACGGAGCGGGCAUGAUAAUAAUAAUAAAGAUGUCAGCCAUAGUACAGUCUGUCUCACCCGCAUUACUAAGCGAACUCGACAGUCAUCAUGUCUGCUGUUGUUCAAUUUUGAAAUUGCUCAUUUUCCGCUCUCCUGUAUCCAUGUAUCUUGACUCUUGAGGCCUGAAGUUCUUUUUGCUCUGCAUGCUGGUUCUUGUAGUUUUUCCUGUACUGUGGCCGCAGAAAUUAGGUGCUACGUCUCUUAAGGACUCUUCGGGCGGCACAGCCAUGCAGACAGCCGAUGCUCCUAGCGGAGGUAAGGAGAGGACCUCUUGUCCCUUAUAUGGCUGUAAGCGAGUGUACUCGGACACGACGGCUUUGGAGAGCCAUAUCAGAGACCAUGAGAUCUCCGCUCAGUCUCUACCAGGAAAGGUCCUGUUGUGCUCCACCCUGGGAUGCAGUGGUUCCUUCCCAGAUAUGCAAAAACUGAUGGAACACAUGAGGCAUCAUCACAAACCCAACAUUUUCUUCCUGUGCGAGAGCUGCCGCACAAAGUUGCGUUCUUACCGGGGCCUCCUGACUCACCUCCACACCUGUUCCAAAGUGUCCCGAGGGAGGCCAAAGCCGGCAGAUACAGCGCCCCCCCCGCCUGCCGCCAUGACAGACCUGGACGAGAAGCCCCCGCUGCUUGACCGGUUGCCCACCCCCCAGCUGCUUCCCUCCGAAAUCCCAACCACGGAAGGUUCCUUCCUCGCCGCCGUUCUAGAUGCAGAGCCUCCCACGCCUCUCCACGGCACCUCUUUCUUGUCCAACCCGGAGACCUCCUCUCCCCUCCUAGCGCCACCGCAGCUCAAAGAGGCGGCGCCCCAGCCCUGGGUCAAGAGCGAACCCUCUGAUUUUCCUCUGCCUUCAAACCCGGAUGGCUACGGCUGCCCCGGUUUACCUCCGGACACAAACCAGGUCUCCUGAGCCUGCCCACGUGGCGGUUUUGAGUGGUUCAGUUGGUGACAGAUCUGACACUGCUGCGCCUCAUGUGUAAAAUGUUUUUAAAGGGAUCAUUCAUCAAAUCCAAUGAUAAGCCAGCAACCAACAAGGGGGUCACUACGCGACUGCUCAGCAAUGCAUCAUUUAUUUAUAACGGAUUCAGUAAUUUACUUAACCGACUGGUGGAAUCGGUGAAUGUUGUUGGGACGGUUUACAUCAGCGGAAUGAAUCCACACUCGGUGCUCUAUUGUGUGUGGGGAUUGAAUCAGAUUAAACGUGUGUGUUCAUGGCGUUGAAGCAACAUGGACGAAAAGG